UAGAUUUACAAAAAUAGUAGAAAAAUAUUUAUUUAACAUAGGUUCAACAGCAGCAUUAUAAAAUAAUAAAAAAAAUAGAAUAUAUAUAUAUAUGUUUUAAAUAAAUAGCUUAAAUUCUUUUUAUAUAGUUUUUUUUAUAUAUAUUUUUUUUUUUUUUUUUUUAUUUUUUUUAGAAUUUCAACAUAUAUAUAGGAAGAUGAGUAAUAGUCAUAGUGAUACAAAUAGCCCAGUCAAAGAGGCUUUUUGGAGGUUUUCAAGAAAAAGUCCAGGUAUUGCAAAGCCUGUAAAUAAUACUCAUCCACACAGAUUUGAAAAAUUUAAUGGUAAUAUGAUACCAAAUAGGAAAAAAGAUUAUGACAGUAUAUAUAAUAGUAAUAAUAGUCAUGGACAGUUUUCAUCCCAUUUAACAACAUCAGGUGAUUCAAUAAAUAUACAUAACAGUAAUAUAGCAACAACUACAACUACCACCACAACAACAUCAAUGACAGCAACAACAAAUACAACAGUUACAAAUAUAACAGGUGAAACCACUCAUCUAUCAAUUUCAACAUCAAGCACAACAUCACUACCACCUUCACCCAAUUCAUUGUCGUCAUCACUAAAUUCAAGUAAUGGCGGCAUUGAUACUUCACAAACAAGUCAACAACAGAAUAUAGCACAAUUAAAUAAUAAUAGAACCAAGAAAUUUGAAAAGCUUUUAACAGGGUCUAAUGUUGAUUUAGAGUCAUUAAAAUCAUUGGGAUGGAGGGGAAUACCCGAUAAAUAUAGGGCAAUGUCAUGGAAAAUACUAUUGGGUUAUUUACCAACCAAUGAAGAAAGAAGAGAUGAACAUUUAGAAAGAAAAAGAAAAGAGUAUAGAGACAGUUUACCACAAUAUUAUAUAUGUGACGAAAAAAAGAAUGAAGCUGAUAGAAAAACUUUAAAACAAAUUCAGGUAGAUGUUCCAAGAACAAAUCCAGGUGUACCAUUAUUUCAACAUCCAAAAAUUCAAAUGUUAUUAGAAAGAAUAUUAUAUAUAUGGAGUAUUAGACAUCCAUCAACAGGAUAUGUUCAAGGUAUUAACGAUUUAGCAACACCAUUUAUUUGGGUAUUUUUAUCAGAAUAUGUAGAGGAUAUUAUGUGUUGUCAAGUUGAUAAAAUCGAAUCUAAUAUGUUGGCUAAUGUUGAAGCGGAUUCAUAUUGGUGUCUUACAAAACUAUUAGAUGGUAUUCAAGAUCAUUACACAUUUGCACAACCAGGAAUACAAAGAAUGUUAGCACAAUUAAAAGGCCUUUUAGAAAAGAUCAAUCAUUCACUAUGUGCCCAUUUAGCCGAUCAAGAUGCUCAAUUUAUAGCUUUUGCAUUUAGAUGGAUGAAUUGUUUGCUCAUGAGAGAGAUCCCAUUUCCAUUGGUUAUUCGUAUGUGGGAUACUUAUCUCAGUGAAAAGGAAGGUUUCAGUGUUUUUCAUGUUUACGUUUGCGCUGCAUUUCUAGUUUUAUGGUCCGAUGAUAUUAAACAAAGAGAUUUUCCAGAUAUUAUGAUAUUUUUACAAAAACCACCAACUCAAAAUUGGGAAGAACGUGAAAUUGAAAGUUUAUUUAGUACAGCUUUUUAUUAUAGAUCAUUGUAUGAAGAGGCUCAAUCCCAUUUAAAAUCAAAUAAUAGUAAUAAUAAUAAUAACAAUAAUAAUAAUAAUAAUAAUUAAUAUUUAAGAACAAUAAUUAUAAUAAUAUAAUAGUAAUAAAAAAUAAAAAUAAUAUUGUAAUAAAAAGGAAAUAAAAAAUAUAUAUACAAAAGAAAAUAAAUUAUUUAAAUAAUUUAAAUAAUAAUAACAAUAAUAAUAAUAAUAGUAACAAUAAUAAUAUUAAUAAUUAAUAAUUAAUUGUUAAUAAAUAAUUAAUAAUUAAUAAAUAUAACUCUAAUUUUUUUUUUUUUAAAAUC